UAGUUCUUUCUUCUUUUUAAAGUUGGGAGCUGCAACUUUUCUUCUUCUUGUUCUACCCCUUUUCUCUCUUGGAAGGCAAAUCCAUCAAUCAAGGAAUCAAUAAUGCCGGCAGACAUAGAAGAUGAGAUCAAGGACGAGAAGAACCCUCGUCCUCUCGACGAAGACGACAUCGCCCUCCUCAAAACCUAUGGUUUAGGACCAUAUUCCACAAGCAUAAAGAAAGCGGAAAAGGAAAUCAAGGAAAUGGCCAAAAAAAUCAAUGAUUUAUGUGGUAUAAAGGAGUCAGACACUGGGUUAGCCACACCCAGCCAGUGGGAUCUUGUCUCUGAUAAGCAAAUGAUGCAGGAGGAGCAACCUCUCCAGGUGGCAAGAUGCACUAAAAUCAUUAAUCCUAACACAGAUGAUGCUAAAUAUGUUAUAAAUGUUAAGCAAAUUGCGAAGUUUGUUGUUGGGCUGGGUGACAAAGUUUCUCCCACUGAUAUAGAAGAAGGCAUGCGUGUGGGGGUUGAUCGCAACAAAUAUCAGAUACAGAUUCCCUUGCCUCCAAAAAUUGAUCCUAGUGUAACCAUGAUGACAGUGGAGGAGAAGCCAGAUGUGACCUAUAAUGAUGUUGGUGGAUGCAAGGAACAAAUUGAGAAGAUGCGAGAGGUGGUUGAGCUGCCCAUGCUUCAUCCUGAGAAAUUUGUUAAGCUUGGGAUUGAUCCUCCCAAGGGUGUUCUCUGCUAUGGUCCUCCAGGAACUGGCAAGACACUGUUGGCAAGAGCUGUAGCCAAUAGAACAGAUGCUUGUUUCAUUCGUGUAAUUGGAAGUGAGCUUGUGCAGAAAUAUGUGGGUGAAGGUGCUAGGAUGGUCCGAGAACUGUUUCAGAUGGCACGUUCCAAAAAAGCAUGCAUUGUAUUCUUUGAUGAAGUUGAUGCAAUUGGGGGUGCACGGUUUGAUGAUGGAGUGGGUGGAGACAAUGAGGUUCAAAGGACAAUGCUUGAAAUUGUAAAUCAGCUUGAUGGGUUUGAUGCUCGUGGAAAUAUAAAAGUCCUGAUGGCAACAAACAGGCCCGAUACAUUAGAUCCUGCACUGUUACGUCCUGGACGGUUAGAUCGUAAGGUUGAGUUUGGUCUUCCUGACUUAGAGAGUAGGACACAGAUAUUCAAGAUACAUACUAGGACAAUGAACUGUGAAAGAGACAUUCGAUUUGAACUCCUGGCUCGGCUUUGUCCAAAUUCUACUGGAGCCGACAUAAGGAGUGUGUGCACAGAGGCUGGCAUGUUUGCCAUUCGGGCACGGAGGAAAACGGUCACGGAGAAGGAUUUCCUUGAUGCCGUGAACAAAGUUAUCAAGGGAUAUCAGAAGUUCAGUGCAACUCCCAAAUACAUGGUCUACAAUUAAGAUCCAAGCGGCAAGAAAACACAUGGUCCAACCUGCCUGGGAGUCCGUCAAUCUUCCCAAAUGAAGAUGCUUUAGGCUGAUUUAAUUCUGUACCUUAAGGACCCUUCCGUACACAUUGUUGUUAUCCAAUUUUCAGCAUUUCACAUUCAUUUGUUACUAACAGGAUUCAGCUGCGUUAUUUUUCUCCCUUUGGUUCUCUCUUUUCGAAUGAACAAUUUAAGAUGAAAAUUUCAAUUGGGUUUCGGUUAUGGUUCAGUUAAC